CGGGGGUAAAGACCGUCAAGUGGUUAACCGAAGGUUUAAAAUUUUUCCAGUCAGAGAGACGGUAGAGAAAGAGUCGUAAGUUAAGACCGACAAUCGCAUCGUAUAUAAGCCAGUGAAGCUAGAGACUUACAUUGAGAGAGAGAGAGUGGGACUUUGGGGAUACAAAGAAUGUGGCCAUGACAAAUUCUAACAACUCUGUUUCCGUCGAUAUGGAGAAGAUCCAUCUGGGUGGAAAGGAAAGUUAAUUCAAUAUGAUGUGGCAAGAUAGUUUUGGGCUGCCUGAAAAGGGGUAGAUGCACAUGGGGGAGCUCUUCUAGGGAAUUAAAUUCUCUGGAUGAAUUGGGCGUCAUUCGCUUACUUGAGGGGUACAUAUUCAAAACACUUGAUUCCUGUUACAUACUGGAGGCUAUUAUCUCCUUUCACAAAUGCCUACUACACAAGUUAAAGAUGUAAUGGAACAUCUUAUUCAUACUGGCUGUGGUCCUGUGUCUGUUAUAGUUUAUGGAGAUCAAGACAAACCAGCACUACUUACUUAUCCUGAUUUAGCUUUAAAUCAUGUCUCUUGUUUCCAAGGAUUGUUCUUUUGUCCUGAAGCAGCUUCUUUGUUGCUCCACAACUUCUGCAUCUAUCAUAUCAGUCCACCUGGGCACGAGUUAGGAGCAGCUGCAAUUUUUCCCAAUGAUCCUGUGCCCUCUGUUGAUGAUUUAGCUGAUCAGAUAAUUGAGAUUCUUAACUUUUUCAGGCUUGGGGCAGUGAUGUGCAUGGGGGUGACAGCAGGUGCUUACAUCCUUACCCUAUUUGCAUUGAAGUAUAGGGAACGCGUUCUUGGUUUGAUACUUGUGUCCCCUUUAUGCAAAGCACCCUCCUGGACCGAAUGGAUAUAUAAUAAGGUGAUGUCAAACUUCCUUUAUUUCUAUGGCAUGUGUGGCUUGGUGAAGGAGUGCUUGCUUCAACGCUACUUCAGUAAGGAACUUCGGGGUAGUGCAGGAGUUCCAGAGUCGGAUAUAGUUCAAGCAUGUCGAAGACUGCUUGAUGAGAGACACAGCAUAAAUGUUUUUCGUUUUCUUCAAGCAAUCAACAGGAGACAAGACAUUACCAAGGGGUUGAAGAGACUAAGAUGUCGAUCACUAAUCUUUGUUGGGGAUAGCUCUCCUUUCCAUUCGGAGGCUCUUCACAUGAGCUCGAAACUGGACUGUAGAUUCAGUGCCUUAGUCGAGGUCCAGGCUUGUGGAUCAGUGGUGACGGAGGAGCAGCCCCAUGCCAUGUUGAUACCCAUGGAGUUCUUCUUCAUGGGGUACGGAUUGUAUAAGCCAUGCCACAUCAGUGACAGCCCAAGGGGCCCCCUCAGUCCCUCUUGCAUCUCCCCGGAACUCCUCUCUCCCGAAAGCAUGGGAUUGAAGCUAAAACCAAUAAAGACCCGUGUUUCACUUCGUGUUUAAAGCCUAAGAGGUCGAAUUGGAAUUAUAUUGACUAGCAUGAUUCAUAAGAUGUUCAAUUUUUUUUUGUUUUUUAUGGUUUUUUUUUUCAAAUUCGAGGUGUUGUAGAUAGAGGGAAAGGAUAUCACAGAAUAUGUAUAGAGAGGAGAGACAUGCAUUCAUUCAUUUAUAGUCAAAGGAAUCCUUCUAAAUUCUAUAAUGAACUGGUAUGUUUGGAU